AUGCAAUAAUAGUAAAAUUAAAGCUAGUAGGCUUCUAAAAUAUAUAAAAAAGCUUGUCCUAAUAAUAAUAGUUAAACAGAGCAAAAGUAAUUCUCUCCUCGAACAACUGAGUCGACAAAUAGAAAAAUCAAUCACAUUUAUGAAGAUGAAUUCCGUUAAAGGGUUGAUAACAUAUUGCAUGAGAAUCAUUAAUAAUUAAACUUAGGGAAUUAGCUAUUAAAAUAAUUAGAAGAUAUAAAAUAAUAGCAAGUUGAUAAAAAUGAAGAAAUCUUAAGAGCAAUAAAGUUUUAUAAGAAUUUUCACACUCAUUCUCCUCAAAGACAUUCAUCUACAGAAUAGAGAAGUAUCUCUCCAAAGUCAAAAAAUCCAAAUGUUCAAUAGUGGUAAAAAGGAUUUUAGAAUCCAGAUGUUAAGGAUGUUUUUGAUAAAUUGAGUCAAUAUAAGUUUGUUGAAUUAAACUAUUUUCUAGAAGAAUUACAUGAGUCUGAUAAAUAAGCACCUUCACUUGCUUACAAAAAAAUACAUAAUAAAGAUUUGAGUUCACUUCCAGAAUAGAUUAAAUAUUUCAGUCCUAGUUAUUUAAAGUCAAUUUUGGAUUAUUCUAAAUCAUAAGCCAAUUCUAUAAAAUAACAUAUAUAACAAGUAAUUGAUAGCAGUAUUGAUAAAAUUCAUAUUAAAAAACCAUCUUUAAAAUAAUCAAGUAAAUAUGCUGAUAUAAAUUGGCAACAAAUAGAAUAGAAUUUUAAGGAUUAGACUUCAUUGAUCAACGAAUUAUAGCAUGAAGUAUCUCUCCUGUAAAAUUAAAUAACAACUUUAUAACAGGAUUUUGGAUAAAUCUAAUCAUAGCAAUAAACAAAUAUUGAAUAGACUGAAGAAAAAAUUAGUAAAUUAUCCAAUGAAAUUUUUUAAUUAUCAGAAAAUACAAAUAGUAUCACUUAUUAAAGAGAAUUCACUAAGAAAUCAUCCACAAUUUCUAGAUAAUCCAUUAGUAACUUAUCAGAAACAUAAAUAAAAAGAACAAAAAAAUAAAAAUAGACAGAUUUAGUUGAAAAACAUGCAAUGCUUAGUUAUUUUAGAGCUGAAUUUGUAACUAAUUUUGAUGAAAUUAAUCAAAAGUUUCAAUAAAUGUUAGAUGAAAAUAAAAAAGCAUUUGAAGACAGAAUUAAUAGUUUAAGUCAAGAAUUCAAAAAUUUAACUGAAGCUAUUAAUUACACAUAAAUUUUAUAAAACAUUUCUAGCUCAGUUGAACCAAGUAAUAAUUAAGAGAUUAUCUAAAAGAGUUGUACAGAAAGAGCUUAAGAAAUUAUAGAUAAUGACAGCCUUACUAAUGUCAAGUCUUAACAAGAAUCACAAAAUUAAAAUCAGGAAAAAGUGUAAAUAUAAGACUAAUCAAUAACAUAAGAAAUUGAUACACUAAAGAUCCAAAAUGAUGUUUUAAUUAAAUAAUCUAAUUCAAUGUAAGAAGAUAUACAAAGAUUAAAUAGAUGGAUUAAAGAGUUAUAAAAUUUUAAUUCACUAUAUCAAACUAAAUUUGAAUAAAGACUCUCUUAAGUACAAAGCGAUCAUGAGCUUAUCUAAUAAGAGUAAGAGUCAAUGUAAAAUCAUCAUGACAACGUAUAAAAAUUCAAUGAGAAUAGAUGCAAUUCAGAAUUCUGA